AUGCGCUGUGUAUCCCACGUCGCGGGGCCGGCUGCCCCCUGCUUCACUCUGCUUGACUCUGUGGUGCUCGAACCUGUGGUACUGCUUGACUCUGUGGUGCUCGAACCUGUGGUACUCGACUCAGUCGUGCUGGUCAAAGUGGUACUGCUUGACUCUGCGGUGCUCGAACCUGUGGUACUCGACUCAGUCGUGCUGGUCAACGUGGUACGGCUUGACUCUGUGGUGCACGAACCUGUGGUACUCGACUCAAUCAAGCUGGUCAAAGUGGUACUGCUUGACACUGUGCCUGUGGUACUCGACUCAGUCGUGCUGGUCAACGUGGUAGUGCUUGGCUCGGUGGUGAUCGAACCUGUGGUACUCGACUCAGUCGUGCUGGUCAACGUGGCACUGCUCGACUCUGUGGUGCUCGACCCUGUGGUUCUCGACUCAGUCGUGCUGGUCAACGUGGUACUGCGUGACACUGUGGUGCUCGAACCUGUGGUACUCGACAUAGUCGUGCUGGUCCACGUGGUAGUGCUUGACUCUGUGGUGCUCGAACCUGUGGUACUCGACUCAGUCGUGCUGGUUAAAGUGGUACUGCUUGACUCUGUGGUGCUCGAACCUGUGGUACUCGACUCAGUCGUGCUGGUCAAAGUGGUACUGCUUGACACUGUGGUGCUCGAACCUGUGGUACUCGACUCAGUCGUGCUGGUCAACGUGGCACUGCUCGACUCUGUGGUGCUCGACCCUGUGGUUCUCGACUCAGUCGUGCUGGUCAACGUGGUACUGCUUGACUGUGUGGUGCUCGAACCAGUGGUACUUGACUCAGUCGUGCUGGACGACGUUGUAGUGCUUGACUCUGUGGUGCUCGAACUUGUGGUAUUCGACUCAGCCGUGCUGGUCAACGUGG